AUGGAGCAGAACUAUAGGGAUGGUAAAGCGGAAGAGGGUAGUAGUUUCAGUCAGUGGAUGAGCUCAGUGAGGAUCGUCCGAAAGGAUUACAAGAUUACACCAACAUGCCCUGACCACUACCGAAUGAACAACAGACUCCUGGUAGCCACACCGGACGCCAGCAAUAGGGUGAUUGGUGCCGGUGUCUGUACAGUUACUCCCACACUUCUGGCACACAAUAGUGGAAUGCAGAACAGGUCGCCAUUGACCAGUGCAACGAUUACCGAGCUGGAUUCGGAUUGCCUACGAUCUCAUCCCACCCUCAAGUACCGCGGCUGGCCCUGCUAUCUGGCGAGACCAAUUAUGACUUAA